AUGGCGGAGUCACCGCAAGCUGCGCACAACGAAUCCCGCCCGAGGUGCGGGUGCACGCCGCCAUGCGGGAACGCGGACUGCGACCGCAUGCUGUGUCUGCCGGGCGACCCGAAGCAGCAUCACCGAUGGCGGUGGGCGCUGGCGGGCAUUCUGCUGCUGUUCGUCGUCGGCGUCGCCACGCUCGUCGCGCUGCUCUUCACCCUCAAGCCCUCCUCCUCCUCGCCCUCGCCCUCCCCCGCCUCCCCCUCUGCCUCUUCCUCCGAACUCAACGCGUCCGCCGUACCCAUACCGCUACAACCCAAGGAUCCCAUCAUUUCUCACAACCAAUCCGCCUCCCCGCCAGGCAAUUCUUCUCUUCCCGCCCCCGCCCCCGCCCCCGCGCCCGCCCCCGCGAUCCCACCGGCUCCCGCGGACGAACCCAUCCCCAUGCCCGAGCUGUCGACGCUCUCGCGCCCGUCGCAGGCGCGAUUCGAGGGGCGGGAGUCGGAGUGGAGUCAGUUCAACUGGACGGUGCUGUACGAGCAGACGCAGACGGAUCGAUACCACACGUGCGACAACCAAGGGUUCGACUACGUGUACGUGCGACCCAACUUCACCGCCACCACGUGGAGGGGCUGGGGCACCUCGCUCGCAUGGUGGGCGAACAGGGCGGGGCAGCUACCGGAGUGGUGCAUGGGGCGGCUGGUGGAGCUGGUGUUCCACGCGGACAGGGGGCUGGGGCUCUCCAUGGCGCGCUACGCCAUCCCGGGCGGCUUCAACGCCAUGUUCUCCCCGGCCAUCGCGCGCACCAAGUACCCCAUGCACGCCUUCAAGGCCGGCCCCCUCGCGCCCUACAACUGGUCCGCGGACGCGGGGCAGCGCAAGGUGAUGCUGGCGGCGAAGCAGCUGGGCGUGCAGCACUUCGAGGCCAUCUCGUACUCGCCGCCCUGGUGGAUGACUAUCAGCGGGGACACGGCAGGCAACGAAGACGGGCGCCCCAACAUACGGCCGGAGCAGCGCGGGGCGUUUGUGCAAUACCUGGUGGACGUGGUGCAGCAGUACCGGUCCGACCCCGCGUGGAACAUCACCUUCCAGCACAUCAACCCCUUCAACGAGGCGCUGGAAGGCUGGUGGCGCGCGGGCCGGGACCGCGAGGGGUGCUCGGUGAGUGUGAACGACGUGGACGUGGUGGUGGCUCUGCUGGCCGACGCACUGCAGGCCAGUGGGCUGCCGACGCGCAUCUCGGUGGCGGACUCGUGGGUGGCGUACACGCUGCGCAGCAUCAAGUCGGACACGGAGGGGCUGCGGCCCGAGACGUGGGAGAAGGUAGACCACAUCUGCGUGCAUGGGUACCAGUCGAAGCACUUCCCUGAGUCGUGGCAGAUCGGGCUGCAGUACACGGACAUGCGCGAGACAGCGGCGAGCAUUGGCAAGGAGGUGUGGCAGUCAGAGUGGGGGCCUAUUGACACGGCGGGCACGGACCUGCAGCUGGCCAUGUACAUGGCACGCACGGUCACGGAGCACAUCAACAUCAUGGGCGUUGCCGCCUGGUACUACUGGAUGGCCGUGGAACCAAACAUCCACGGGUGGGGACUCAUUCGGUUCAAGGGGGAUUGCGGAGAGAGUGUGGACAGCAUGAACAUGACGUUCAGCAAGCAGUACUACGUGAUGAAGCACUUCACUCGCGCUGUGCCCCCGGGGGCACGCAUCGUGGACAUGGAGAAGAAGUGCGAGCAUGGCGUGGUGGUGGCGUACAGCCCGCAGCACAGGCGUCUGGCUAUCCUGGUGACCAACCAGUCGUUCAAAGACUUCCUGCUCACCCUCAGACUGCUUGACUUCCUCCCUGCGGACCCGUCUGUGCCCGUGUUGGUGCACGUGCACCGCACGUCAGUGAAGGAGGACUAUGAGAUGAUCGACCAGAUGAACGUUCAGGUGCCGGGUAACGCCACCACCUUAUCCACUGACAUCACCAUUAAUGCCGUCCCCAUCUCCCUCACCAGCAUCACGCUCUAUGAAGUUGUUCCAAAACCAGACAUCGAGAUCAAGCAAGCGGUGUAG